CAUUAGAUGGAUUCCCCCAAGGGAUAGGUGGUUCAAAAUAAACACUGAUGGAUCCUCUAACUUCGAUCAAACUUGCAUUGGUGCUGAAGGAGUCAUUAGAGAUCAUGAAGUUUGAGCAAGCACUGGUCAAGUAUGCAUAUCGUGAAGCAAAUGGUGUGGUUGAUAUACUCACCAAGCAUGGAGCUUUCAUGGAAAUGGCUGUUGUCACUUUUGAUUCUAUUUCAUGGCUGGCCAUAGAUUUUCGCCCCACAGCGGAAACCCAAGCAGCCGCCAUCGCCGUGAAGGCUGAACCUUCAACGCCGCAGCCCGACCCGGUUUCCCCGGAUCAGAAGAGAAGAAGUUCGCGGAUCUCGCCGAGGAUAAUUCUAUCCUCGCUACCGGGGACGAGUUCGCGUGGUUCGGGGAGAUGGAGACGACGUUGUCGACGCUGCUGGAGAGUCCGUUAUUUACAGAGACGAGUGCAGAGGAUGGCGCUGACGUCACCAUCACAACAGUGCAUAACCUCACUACAGCAUGCAAGACAGCAGGUGACUGCGGAAGCAGAGCUUGCUGAAAUCCCUUGGCAGUUGGGGCAUGAAAAUGUGACUCCUGAGGAUGGACCAUGGAUCUUGAAGUUGGAUGAUCCUAGUUUUCUUUCUGUCUUGCAACAUGCUAAGAACCGUGCUUUGCGUGAGGAAGUAUACUGCACCUAUGUAACUCAUGCAUCUAGUGGUGAUUUGGAUAAUACUCCAAUCAUUGAGCAGAUAUUGAAGCUUAGAUUGGAAAAGUCUAAGCUUCUCAACUACAAUAACAAUGCUGAGGUAAGCAUGGCAGUGAAAAUGGCAACAAUUGAUAAAGCUGAAGAACUCCUUGAGAAGCUAUGCAGUGCUUCCUGGAAUCCUGCAGUCCAAGAUAUAGAUGACCAUAAGAGUUACUCUAAAAGUCAGGGUUCAUCUGAAGCUCAUAGUUUGAACCAUUGGGAUUUGGGACAUAAACUUCUAAACUAUUGGAUGGAAGUUGGGUUCCCUGGUAUUGGAGCCCUCUGUCACGGGGUGAGACUAGCUCCGAUAGUACUUGUCUCGAAGGCGGAGUCUAGCUCGACCUCUCUGUCACAAGGGUGUCGACACCAUAAUCCUGUGUAUUUUCCACGUGUCAACACUCUGUCCGCCGCUGCCAUCGCACGCUAUAUGGACGCCCUUGGCCGCUCCCGCGCGUGCCUGUGUGUCUCAACCGCGACCCCAUGCCACGGCCCUGGCAUUGACACUGCAAACUCAUGCCAGGCCCGCCUCUUGAGCGUUCCAUGUCGCGCUUGUGCCCGCAUCCGUGCCCGUGCUUGCGCGCCCGUGGGUGUCGUGGUUGCCGCCCCGUGCAACGAUGGCCUUGACUUGGGCCCCCGAACUCGCGCUCUGUGACACCUCGCCUGAAUUCUUUAGUGAGCAUUGCAAAGCGUUAUCAAACUGGGGAGAGUCUCCCUGAAGAUGUGUAUUUGAAGCUCCUUUCUGCAAGGACUUUUCGUGCUGGUUCUCUAAGUCUUCGUCAGGACAACUUCAUCCUUUGUUCUACCCUUGUUUUGCUAUUUUAAUGCAGUAACAAUGCUUCACCCAGAAUUGUGCUUGUGUUCUUAUAACCUUUUUUGAGAUUCUUUCCUCUUUUACUUCUAAUUCAUAAAUAUGAUACAGGAAC